AUGGCGGGGAAGAAACAAGAAGAUGCCUAUGCACCCAUCCAGAGAAGGGCCCUACUGGCAGCAACAGGUUGCAAACAAAGAACUAGCACCGAAGCGCUAGAAGCACUAACUGGAACUAUCCCUGUAGACAUCCAUCUCACAUGUCGGCAAGCACAGGCAUAUUUAAGGCUCAGCACAAAACACACGGGCAACCCCAUCUAUGAUACCAUUACACAUGAGUUGACAGAGGAAAGAAGAGGCACACCUGUACAUCUACUUGCUACAAGAUUCAAAGAGCUGAAAGGUGAGCUGGAAACUGAGACAGUCGAUAAAGAAUGCUACUUUGAUGCUAGGUUACCACCCUUCUCCAUUGGAAGAAUAACAGGGUCAUUCACACCCAAAAUGAACAACCAAUGCAGCAAAGAGCAAGCGAAAGAAGAAAUAGCACAGUUACUGCAAAGUAUCAAGCAGACAAAGACAACCGUCGUCUUUACGGACGGAUCGUCUCUAGGGAACCCAGGUCCGACAGGAUGCUCGGCAGUGAUCUACGAACAUUGGGGCAGAACAGAACCAUACACUGUCAAGAAGCCCGUAGCAGCAAAGUCAAACAACUAUGAGGGGGAAUUGCAGGGACUUCACCUGGCACUCAGCACACUGAGCAAGAGGGAAAGAAGUGAAGAGAGAGUGCUCAUCUUAUGUGACUGCAAGGCGGCAAUAGAAAAUGUCAUCACCACUCACCAAGUAGAUGCCUAUAACGAUCUAGUUAACAACAUAAGACAGAAACUGCACGAAAUGAAGCAGAAGAGAGUCAACAUUCAAAUUGAAUGGUGCCCAGGGCACAUGGGAGUAGCAGGCAAUGAGCUAGCCGACGAACAAGCCAAACUUGCAGCUGAAGAGGCCAGAAACAGCAACAUGAAUACAGUGUGGACAAGACAACAAGCCCUCAAACACAUAGAAAAACAAGCAGAAGAAAGAUGGAAAAGAAGAAGCGAGCUACAUACUACCAGCAAACACAUGCAGAAGAUAAAUGUACAAAUGAAGAAAAAAUGCAAAGUACUGGGACUGAGGUCAACCCAAAUUGCAAUAAACCAGCUGGUGAGUGGGCACACCUCACUCAACGCCUACAGAAACUGGAUAGACGACACAGAGUCACCCAACUGUGAAGCAUGUGGGGAGAGAGAAAGCACAGAGCACUUCCUGUACUACUGCCCAAGGUAUGAGAGCAGCAGACGCAGAAUGUAUAACGAGGUGGACAACAUAUACCAAGAACUCAGUACACGGGAGAAAGAGAGAAGGCUGGACAUAGUGACGCUAGCAGGGAUGAGAGAAGAUCUGGGAGAAGAAACAAACAAAAAGAUGUACAAGGCAUUCUCAAAGUAUAUAGAAGACACAGGGAGAUUUGCCGGGGAGGACUAA